AUGGACUCAAACAUGAUGCCACAGACAGCUCAACAAAAUGCCGUCUUCAGCAAGACCAACUUCGCCCAGCAAAAGCUGGGCCAGUACCAAGUCGUGGCUCCCGCAUCUCCCGUCUGCUCCAGACCCGGUUCAUCUUGCUCACAGCCGCCAACUCUCUUCAGCAACGGCCCGGCAGUCUUGACUCCCACGGGAUCGCCUCCACCGAUCGGCUUCAGGCCCGCCGUCAUGUUGGAAUCGGAAUUUGGGGAUAGCUCAUACUUUCCCUCCACACCGCCACUGUCCACUUCUGGCAGUGCAGUUGGCAGCCCCAAGAACUAUGAAGUGCUGCAGACCCCAUUGAACCCCAUGUUCUCGGGUUUAGAUGGUUUUGUUGGUGUAAAAUCUGGAUAUGAAUCAACCGAGAGCUCAGUCCUAGAUUGGGCCAGCUGCGACUCACCUCCCAUGACGCCUGUUUUCAUUCACUCCCAGCCGUCCAGGGUUCCCUCGCUUAGCAGCACCACAAGCGACCUGUCAAACAUUUCUUGCCCAUCUCUGUCGCCAUCACCUGCACCGUACGCCAGAUCUGUUUCCUCUGAGAACGACGUCGACUUCUGCGAUCCUCGCAACCUGACCGUUCCUAACACUUCCAACUCAAGUCUUGCGCCAGAAUUCACCCUCGAUUGUCUUGGUGAGGAAGAGGGUAGUCCCUCAGAGCAGAGUGCCCUUGACACCGUCCUAUCCCAGACGGCGUUUGACUUUAGUCCUGCUAUUGCUAGUGGCUUGCCGGCGUUUGAGGAACUCUCCGAUUUCGAAUCUGAGGACGAUCUGUCCAACUUGGUCAAGCCAGGUGAAGGAUCCCGGCCCCGUGCGUGCACCGGGUCAUCUAUUGUUUCCUUGGGACACGGUAGCUUUAUUGCCGACGAGGAUUUUAGCUUCGACGAGAACGAUACGUUCCAGUUCCCGUCACCCAGCCCUCCCUCAAGCGUUGAAGCUGUCGACGACGGCCACAAGGAUAAGCGCCAGAAGAAGACCGGCACGAAGGAUAGCCAAAGUGCAGAGCCUGUCAUGGACACUGCGGCGGCGGAUAACCAGACGGCCGAGGUUGAGGAGCAGUCUGAACAGGCUUCACCAGUGCCUUCUGAGUCGCACUCUUCCGCCGAAGCCGACACACCAUCUGCUCCACUGCCAGCUCCUACCAACCGACGGGGUCGCAAGCAAUCACUGACGGAGGAUCCUUCUAAGACGUUCGUUUGCGACUUGUGCAACCGAAGAUUCCGUCGUCAAGAACACUUGAAGCGUCACUAUCGAUCCCUUCACACUCAGGAGAAGCCUUUUGAAUGCAAUGAGUGUGGCAAGAAGUUCUCUCGAAGCGACAACCUCGCUCAGCAUGCCCGCACUCACGCCAGUGGAGGUGCAAUUGUCAUGAACAUUAUUGAUAACGCUGACCCCUCUGCGUAUGAGGCUGGCAUGGUCGCUCCCCCUCCUGUAGACGACUAUGCCAACUAUGGCAAGGUUCUCUUCCAAAUCGCGGCCGACGUUCCUGGGAGUGCAAGUGAGCUAUCAUCCGAAGAGGCUAGUGACAACGGCAAGAAGAAGCGAAAGCGUUCUGAAUAA